AUGGUGUUAGCUGAUUUGGGUAAACGAAUCAACGGGGCUGUCAACAAUGCCCUAUCUAACACAGAGGAUGACUAUACCACCACCGUGGAUUCCAUGUUGAAAGGUAUCGUCACUGCUCUCUUAGAAUCCGAUGUGAACAUUGCCUUAGUUUCCAAAGUUAGAAGCAAUAUUAAAUCCAAAUUAUUAUCAGAAAAUAAUGCUGCUAAUAGAUCAGUCAGUAAUGGACAGACAAAGAAAUUAAUCCAAAAGACUGUCUUUGAUGAACUUUGUAAUUUAGUAGAUUGCGAAGUAAAAGAACCAUUCACUCCAAAGAAGAAGAAAUCAAAUGUGAUCAUGUUUGUUGGGUUGCAAGGGUCAGGUAAAACCACUUCAUGUACUAAAUUAGCUGUAUAUUAUCAAAAGAGAGGUUUUAAAGUAGGACUUGUUUGUGCUGAUACUUUCCGUGCUGGUGCCUUCGAUCAAUUGAAACAGAAUGCUAUUAAGGCAAGAAUACCUUUCUAUGGGUCAUACACUGAAACUGAUCCUGUUAAAGUUGUUGAAGAAGGUAUAACGAAAUUUAAAAAGGAAAAAUUCGAAAUUAUUAUCGUGGAUACCUCGGGAAGACAUCGUCAAGAAGAAGAAUUGUUUCAAGAAAUGAUUCAAAUCUCCAAUGUGGUGAAACCUAAUCAAACUAUUAUGGUUCUAGAUGCAUCCAUUGGUCAAGCUGCAGAACAACAAUCGAAGGCAUUUAAAGAUUCUUCAGAUUUUGGGGCAAUAAUCUUAACUAAAAUGGACGGUCAUGCUAAAGGUGGUGGUGCUAUUUCUGCAGUAGCAGCAACUCAUACUCCAAUUAUAUUCAUUGGUACAGGUGAACAUAUCCACGAUUUUGAAAAAUUCUCACCUAAAUCUUUUGUAUCGAAAUUAUUAGGAAUAGGUGAUAUUGAAAGUUUAUUUGAACAAUUACAAACUGUUUCAAAUAAAGAAGAUACUCAAGCAACAAUGGAAAAUAUUCAAAAGGGGAAAUUCACGCUCUUGGAUUUCAAAAAGCAAAUGCAAACAAUGAUGAAAAUGGGACCAAUUUCAAAUAUUGCACAAAUGAUCCCUGGGAUGAGUAAUAUGAUGAGUCAAGUUGGUGAAGAGGAAACUUCACAAAAGAUGAAAAAAAUGGUUUAUGUAUUUGAUUCCAUGACUAAAGAAGAAUUAGAAAGUGAUGGUAGAAUGUUUAUUGAACAACCAAGUAGAAUGGUUAGAGUUGCAAGAGGUUCAGGUACAUCUGUCCUGGAAGUGGAAAUGAUUUUAAUGCAACAAAGAAUGAUGGCAAAUAUGGCUCAAAAUAUAGGUGGUGCUGCCGCUGGUGCCAGUGGACAACCAGGUGGUAUGCCAAGAAUGCCCGGGAUGCCCAAUAUGCCUAAUAUUCCAGGUAUGCCUAAGAUGACUCCGCAAUUAAUGCAACAAGCUCAACAGAAAUUGAGUCAAAAUCCAAAUCUAAUGAAAAAUAUGAUGAAUAUGUUUGGCGGUGCAGGUGGUAUGCCUGGUAUGGGAGGAGCUGGUGGUAUGCCAGAUAUGAAUGAGAUGAUGAAAAUGAUGCAAGACCCAGGUAUGCAAGAAAUGGCUAAACAAUUCGGUAUGGGAGGUAUGUAA